AUGUCGAAAAUCAAUGAACUCUUCCAAUCCACCCCAGAAAGUCUUCAAAGCCGGAUAGAACAAUACAUUAAAUCAACCAAAGACUUCACAGACGAAAUCCAAUCGUUUAAGACCCUUGUGUCGGAUCCAAACUAUGAAAAGGCCCUUCUUGUAUUUUAUGUUGAGCUUCUCUCAAAAGCGAUAAAGAAGCCAGCUGAUUUCAAUGCAUUUAUCUCAAUUCUCAUUCCUUUUAUAGACAAUGUUAUUUCAAUGAAGACCAGCAUCUUAAUUCUUCGCUGCCUCAAAGCACUCUGUUAUUCAAAAUUUUUUGUUCCAGUGUCCUUUUAUCUGACCAAACUUAUGUCCAUGGCUAUGAACAUUAAAAACUUAAAGAAAAUAGGACAACAAAUGAACUACGACCAUGUCAGAGUGUCCUCAGAUGAGACAGAAAGUGAAGAGCUGCAAAUGUUCGUGAUUAAGGAGUGUCUUGUCCUCAUAAAGAGACACUGCCACACAUUUGGAAAUAGCAUUGGAUUCCCCGAGUUUGCUACGGUUGUUUGUAACGAGCUUAAGUCUCAAUGUAAGGUUGGGAUAUAUAAGGAGAUUGCAGUAGAUCUGAUAAAGUACAUUUCAAAGAGGAAGAGCUAUAUCGAAGAGCAGAGAAAUAGGUUGAAUGUGAAUGCUGUUGAUGCCAAUAAGAUAUCAGAGUUUGAGAAUCAGCUUGAAGCAUGGAUAGCUGAAUAA